AUGCGACAAAAUUCCAUUGUCAUCACAGACUUGUAUACAUGUGAAGAAUUGGUAAAUCUUCUCAGAAGAUUCGGCGACUCAUGUAUGGUAAACAACUCUAAUGGUAAGAUUGUCUAAAGUUAUCAGCAAAAACCAUGUUUUACAGAGCAAAUCGAAAAAGUGCUGAGUGGAUUGUUCAAUGAAAUUGGAUUCAAAAAGACGCCAAAAUCGAUAGAAAUCAAAAAACUUCGAAAAAUUCAGAAACAGUGA